GAAAUUGUCACGUAUACGUACUCCUGUUAUCGGAGCAGAACUUGGGCUAAAUAAAACUUACCUUUUUUCAGUCCUCAUAUUCGUAGAUCUUGACAUUCUUUCUAUUCUCUGACCGUUUAGACUGCUUCCAUCUGGCGGGGUACAUGUACUGGAUCAUUCUUUCUGAAAACUACCGCUACACCCACACGACGCUCUAGUGAGACUUCGCAUUGCGUCUAAGUCCGAUCUCAUAUUUCACUAAUUAAACUGAGAAUCAUGUCAACGACUGCUAUAUGGGUGCAGCCCCAAGAAUUAUCUUAUAGCAAUAGCCAUCACCACAUUCACGGAACUGACGCCGAACAUGCGCCGCUCAUAAGCCACACUGAUAACAUCACCAGCUCACAGGCUGAUGAACUUCAUAAAACGAUAACAGAAGCAGCCUCUACAGAAGUUCCGCAAAUAAACUCUAUAGAUUCUCCCACCAACACACUUUCGCCCAUACAAAACGCGCUCGUGCUUCAUGCCGUCAAGGAGAAAUAUACCCUUGUCUCAGAUCAUGCAGUCCCAUCGAUUCUUCACCAAGACGAGAUUCUCGUCAAAAUAACCGCUAUUGGUCUGAAUCCAAUUGAUUGGAAGGCACCGGCAUUCAACUUCGGUAUCCCCAGCCUUCCCUGGGUCUUUGGUCGCGAUCUUGCUGGCACGGUAAUUCAGACAUCAUCAUCAAACUCUCGACUCAAAGCGGGGGAUCUCGUCCUCGUGCCUUCGACAGACUACCGAGACAUUCGGAAAGCCGCAUUUCAGGAAUACGCCGUCGCGACGCACUACAAUGCUGCCAAGAUCCCCCCCACGACAUCAAUGCACAGCGGAGCAUCAAUAGGUGUUGCAUAUGUAGCUGCGGCGCUUGCAUUGGGCGUUUCAUUUGGAUUAGAUUUUGGCCUUGCACGUGACGUUCCAGGACCUAAUCUGCGACAGAUCCUGAGACAGCUUGAUGUGCAAGAAAUCCCAGAGGAUGUUCGUGAGGAAUGUCUCCAUGCGGAAAACGACUCUGGGGUGGUUCAAAAGGGGGACUGGAUUGCUAUAUGGGGAGCGUCUACAACUACAGGCUAUAUCGCUCUUCAACUUGCCAAACUGUGUGGUCUGAAAGUAAUCUGCAUCGCUGACAUCGCACGACACGGCGCCAAACUCCACGCCGCCGGUGCGGACAUCUUGGUUGAUCGCUUCGACACCAACCGCGCGGUCGAGAUAAUCAAAGGCGUGACCAACGGACGCCUGCGUUUCGGUCUCGAUAUAGUUGGCCGCGAGACGGCAACUAUCCUCGAAAAAACUCUUUUCACAAGCGAACAUGAUGGGCCACAGGCACAUUUGUUAGGGCUUACGGGCCUCCCGAAGGAGAAAGAUCCGCGCAUUAAGUCGCAUACCGUGCCUAUCAAGAUCUUCCAUUCAUCGGCGACGGUCGGCGUGGAGAUGGUUACGUGGUUGGAAAGGUUAUUGGAGAAUGGCGCGUUGGUUCCGCCGGAUGUUGUUGUGAAGAGCGAAGGUGGGCUUGAAGGGAUCAAUGAUGCAUUGGAGGUGUUGAGGAGUGGGGAGGCGAGUGGGAAGAGAAUUGUUGUCAAUUUGGGGAAGGAUGACCGAUAAGAAGAGGAUCAAGAAAGGAAGUUCAUUUCUUCCUCAUAUUAGACCGGAACUUGAGAAUUUCUGCUCAAAAGGACUGGUAGAUUUUGUUUUGUUUUGAUACACGGAUUCAGGGAGGCUGGCUUGUUUUAUCACCAGAGCACUAUUGCCUACGACAAAGAUAUAUAUGUACUACGUUAUAAAAGUAGACUUACUAGAAUAAGAUUGG